CUUAUCGAGAAUACAAUUAACAUUUUGCUUAUCAUCGUUAGCUCGUGCAGAGGGUAAAGAUUGGGUGGAUGAAGGGAGACCUGAAAUAACCACUGAGCGCUUCCUUUCCUUUUCGGAGAUAGCAUUUUCUAUUUGUUGUUGGGAAAUUUCUGGAUGGUGAGUCAUUUCUGUGAUUAUACAUGCUGCAGUUUUUAAUAGGUUAUUAAGUUGGGAAAUGAUGGUUUUGGCUGCUGGUGAUAUUGAGGGGUCUUCCUGAAUGGGAUCAAGGCUAAGAUUGGCAAUUUGGUCCAAAAAUUGUUGUCUUUUUGCUGGUUGUUCAGGCGAAGAAGGAGUGAAUGGACGUUUUAUUGGAAUUUUGUUGGAAUUAGAAGCAGAGUUAGAAUUAGAAGGAAUGAUAGUCAUUUCGAGAAAUUAA